AUGAACGUGUCAGCAUCCAAUAAAGACACCAUUUUUAUUGCCGCCAAUCUGUUCAAUAGUGAAGACAUCUUGCCGCACUGGAUUGCUGAGGUCAACCAGUUGAUCAAUUGGAUCGGGCCACAGAAAGUCUACAUCUCUAUUUACGAAAACGGCAGCACCGAUGGAACCAAGGCCAUGUUACGAGAUUUUGACAGUCAGCUGGAAAAGGAUCAUGUUCCUCAUUGGAUCGUGGUGGAUGCCGCGGCGAAAACCAAACAACGUCGGAUACCCGUGCUCGCCAAUUUACGUAACCGGGCCCUGUGGCCCAUUGGCAAUAUCACGACCACCCAUUUUGAUAAAAUCGUCUUUCUCAAUGACAUUAUUUUCACCGCAAAGGAUGUUAUUACCCUACUUGAUACCAACCAAGGCAACUAUGAUGCGGCGUGUGGAAUGGAUUUCUUUGGUGAAUUUUAUGAUCUCUUUGCCACACGAGACAUCCAUGGGCAUUGGCUAGGGUCAGGCAAUUACCCUUACUUUGUCGACAAAACAAGCCAACAGUUGCUACGCAAUAAUCGACCUAUACCCGUCUACAGUUGCUGGAACGGCAUGGCCGUAUUUGAUGCCAAACCGUUUGUCGAGCAUCGUGUGGCCUUUCGAGCUCUUCUUCCAGAGGAGCCUGAUCCACCAUUAGAAGCGUCAGAGUGUUGUCUUAUUUUCAAAGAUCUGCGUGAUGUCAAACCGGAUCUUCGCGUGUUAAUCAAUCCCUCGGUCAAAGUUGCGUACGAUCGCUUUCAUUAUUGGUACAGCCGUCACAUUCUUUCAUGGUAUCAACCAUUUUAUUCACUGCUCAACAAACCAAACAUCCCGACCAUACUCGAGGAACCCACUUGGAAAAACAAAGUAAAACAAGCGUUCGAUGCUCACGUAGAUCCCUCUGAUGAACCUUGCUUUUGGACUGGUUAG